AUGAGUGAAGAACAACCACAAAUUAUGACUUGGAUUCGGGCAUUAUUAAAGGAUAAAGGAAUUGAAGAAUACCAAGAUCCAGUUGCUGACAUGGGAUUAGAAUUUUUAACUCGUUUGUUUUUAAUAAAUAAUGAAAUAAUAAAGAAGAGAAUAUUAAAAAGAGUAGGAUAUUUGAGUGAGUUAAUUGGUGACAUUGUAGUGUUUUCUGAGCAUGCCCAAAAUGUACAACCAACACUAAACGAUGUUAAGAUGGCAAUUAAAAUGAGACAUAGAACAACUGCUUCUACAUCUAAAGACCAACUUAGAGAACGAGUUAAUGCAUGUAAUACAGCUAAAUUACCAAGAAAUUUUGUUGCUUCUGUUGAAUUACCAAAGCCACAGGAUGAUAAUUAUACAUUAUUACAACGAAAUUAUAGAGUUAAAACAAAUGAUGAUUUUGAUGAUGAAGAUGACGAGAUGGAUAAGAACAUUAAUACUGAAUUACCAGUAUUACCUCCUUCAAUGUAA